AUGGAUGAAUGUACUGGUCAUGUUGUACGCUUGCAGGAGACUAUUCCCUUGUGCCGAUGUAUGGAUACUUAUGGUCUUCACGAUUUGAGAUUCAAUGGUUUUUUCUUCACUUGGUCAAAUAAGAGAAGUGGGGAAGCUCGUGUGUUUAGUAAGAUUGAUCGCGUCCUAGGAAAUCAAGCUUGGGAGGAUGAUUUUCCUACUGUGGAAGUAUCUUUUUUAACUGAAGGGUCUUUCGAUCAUACACCCAUGCUGAUUCAAUUCCUCAAACAUCCAACGGGAAAGAAGACUUUUAAGUUCUUUAACCAUUGGGCUGAGCAGGAGGGUUUUAUUGAUAGUGUCUCUAAAGUUUGUGGUAACACUGUUCUAGGCUGUAGGAGUUAUCAAAUCUCGAAGAAGCUCAAGCGUUUGAAACCUGUUGUGAAAGAUAAUGUCCAAGAAAAUCAUCUGCAAGCGUUGGAGUUGCAAGCAGAAAAUGAUCUUCGUAAUGUUCAAAAUGAGCUACAUAUGCACCCUUAUGACCCAAUGCUCUCAUCACAAGAGCGUGCAGCUGCUGAAAGGCUUAAGAAGGCCAAGAAUGAUCUAAGUAUCUAUAUUAGCCAGCUAGCCAAGUUGAGUUGGCUAAAAUUUGGGGAUGAGAAUUCACAUUACUUUCAUCAAUGUAUCAGACAAAGGCAAAUUGUUAAUCGAAUUCUUCUCCUUGAUGACAAUGAGGCUCCUGUAACUGAUCUCACAAAGAUACAAGAGUCUUUAGUUAACUUCUAUCAUCAACUUCUGUGCGAUAAUCUUAAAUGUCGGAGACGAAUCGACAUGAAUAUCAUUAGAGAAGGGCCUUUGUUAGAGAAUGCUCAUCAUUUUCUCGCCGGAGGAAAUCAAGAAUGCAUUAUGGAAAAUGGUAAGCUUCUUCAGGCUUGGAACACUAUUGUUGUUCAUCUCAUUCCCAAGGUCCCUAACCCUAACAACCCAGAGUUCGAGACCGCACUACAGCACUUUUGUGAGCUCACGGCUCCAUUCGGAUAUGCUUUUAGUCCCCUUGGGUCUCGUUUGUACUUUUAUCGUGUUCUAAUGAAGAAAAGUAAGCACAAGAUGAUGGGCCGGGGCGGCACAACUCAAUUCUCUUUGAUUCUAAAUGGAAGCCCUACGCCUUUAUUUAAGUCAAAGAGAGGAGUUAGACAAGGAAAUCCUAUGUCCCCUUUGAUCUUUGUGAUUUGUAUGAAGUAUCUAUGUAGAUUACUUAAGGCUGCUGGGGAUCAUGUAAACUUCAAAUUUCAUCCAAGGGGUAACUUGGCUUCUAUUCGCAUUCUUCUAAAUCAUCUAGAGAUUUUUGCGAAAUCCUCUGCUUUGGUUGCCAACUCUUCAAAAUCUGAUGUGUACCUUGCAGGUAUAGCUACCUCUCUGAAACAGUAUAUUGUGGAUUCUUGUAAUAUUCCGUUGGGUUCUAUGCCUUUUCGUUAUUUGGGGGUUCCGCUUUCUUCCAAACGACUCUCUGCAGCUGAGUGUGAACAUCUUGCUGCGAAAAUAACUUCUAAGGUUAGAUCUUGGCAAGCCAGGAAUCUCUCUUAUGCAGCUAGACUUCAACUUGUUUCUUCAGUUUUAAUAAAUAUUACAAACUUUUGGUGUCAAAUCUUUGUGUUGCCAAAGAAGGUGUUAAAGCAGGCGAAUGCAAUCUGUGAGCAUACCUCUAGCAUGGGAAAGAUGACUCUAAUGUUCCUGGAAAUAUGA